AUGGCCAUCCAAUUGAGAGCCUCUUCGUCUUUCUCCUCUGCUCCUUCCACCCGUUCACAGAGACAUGAUGUGUUUCUGAGUUUCAGAGGCGAGGAUACACGCGACGGUUUUACAGGUCAUUUGUACGACAGUUUGGUUCGAAGGGGGAUCAAGACUUUCAUAGAUAAUGAUCUUACAAGAGGAGAGGAAAUAUCACAAGCACUUCUCCGAGCCAUUGAAGAAUCAAAGCUCUCUCUCAUUGUCUUCUCUGAAAACUAUGCAUCCUCAAAGUGGUGUUUGGAAGAACUGGUUCAUAUCCUUAAAUGUAGAAGAUUAAAGAACCAAAUGGUUCAGCCAAUCUUUUACAAAGUGGAUCCCUCGGACGUAAGACACCAAAGAGGUAAAUUUGGUGAGUCACAUGCAGAUCUUGAACGCAGAUUCAAAGAUGACAUGAGGAAGGUGUUAAGAUGGAGAACAGCUCUAUCAGAAGCAGCAACUUUGUCCGGAUGGCAUUUCUCCGGCGGGUACGAAUAUGAAUUUAUUGAUAAAAUUGUUGAAAAGAUCUUCGCACAAGUAUAUGAACCUACCUAUUUGGAUAUGCCAGAGUGCCAAGUUGGGCUAGACUCGCAGGUAAAACAUAUGCUUGAAAUUUUAGAUGUUGGGGGAAGUGAUGUACGCAUGGUAGGAAUAUGGGGAAUUGGCGGAAUAGGUAAGACAACAAUUGCUAAAGCUGUCUACAAUGCAAUCGCACAUAAGUUUGAUGGCUGGUGUUUUUUGGCAAAUGUUAGAGAAGGCUCAGUGCAACAUGGAGGUUUAAUUAACCUGCAAAAUAUUAUUCUCUCUAGCAUUGUAGGGCCAAAAGAAUUGAUAAUCAACAAUGUUCAUCAAGGAACCACAUUGUUGCGUGAAAGGAUGCAACAUAAAAAGGUUCUCUUAGUCGUUGACGAUGUGGAUAGUUUGGACCAGUUGAAGAAACUAGCUGGGAGUAUUGAUUGGUUUGGUCGCGGAAGCAGAGUUAUCAUAACCACAAGAGAUAAGGGUUUGUUGACUGUUCAUGGAGUAAAACCAACAUACGAUGUUCAUGGACUAGGUCAUCAAGAAGCUAUUAAGCUCUUCAGUUCAAAUGCCUUGUUGGAUAUUGAGAAAUUGGAUGCUGAUGAGAAACCGUAG